CAGUCAAGUACAUCCUCUUGUCUGCUCAUUGCUUGGUUCUCUAUCUUGGAUGUAUUUUGCUGUCUCUUAGUCUAGCUUCUAGCUGACACUGCUUUCUCAACACAAAGAUCAUUGACGUUGUCGUCACUUAUCUAGCUCACGGCCCACGAAGAGGCGGCCACCACCAUGCGUUGAUACUCUAGAACUUAUAUACAAAACCCAUGAUUACUCCUCAUCGCCUUCCAAUAAACCUCUUGCAAGAUGAUGAAAUCCAAUAUUCUCUCACGGAUCCUCCCUCCAGCGGGCUCUCAAUCGGUCUACGAAGCGAUCCGAGAACAUGACGCCGAUUCGAAUGCAUCAGACGUGGAGGAGCGUGCUGGCCUGGCCUGGGAUGAAGAACGGGGAGGAGGAGACCACUACAAUGAUCAGGAGCUGGAGGAGGCCAUGGCCGAUGCACAGGGGAGUGUUUUGUCAAGCCCGACCAACAGUACAACGGCGUUCCUGGCCCAAGACCGUUCAUCCAAAGAAGGCAAGGGCAAGGGCAAGGGCAAGGGCAAAGCUACAUCUCGUCACCGGAAACCGAGUCGACCACGAUGGGUUCAAGAAAGAAUACCGGAGUACGAUGCAGAUGAUGCCGAUGAAGACGUUCCUGCUUCGCUUUUGGUAGAAGGAAACCACGAUGAUGAUGAGCUUAGGUCCAGACUGCCACCACCUCCGCGCUCUCACCCACAUCAACCAUCUCCGGACCCCGGUCCCUCACCACGCAGCAACAUACCUCGAUGGGAAACAAACAGGGAAGCUAUAGAACAAUUGGGACUACACGAUGACCUCCAAAAUCAGAGGGCACCCCCGGCGGCAAGGUGGUCGAUUGGGCAGCAUCCGAACCUUGCUUUUGUCGACCCCAAAGAGAAAGCUAUGUGGAGAUGGGCGAAUGUCGAGAAUUUGGAUAAUUUCUUGGAGGACGUCUAUGCAUACUCUCAGGGGAAUGGGAUUUGGUCCAUUUCUCUUCAACGGGCUAUAGGUCUCUUGAAUUUUGCGUUUAUUGUCGGAUUUAGCACGUUUCUCACAAACUGUAUCGACUACUCCAACGUCAGAGGGAGUCGAACACUGGAUGAUAUCCUCAUCAAACGAUGCACGACCAAAAUGUCAACCACCUCGACAUUGUUCCUAUGGAUGCUCACUUUCUUCUGGAUAGAACGAGCCUUCCGAUAUCUGCUGGACAUCCGGAGACUUAAACACAUGCAUGACUUUUAUUAUUACCUUCUUGGGAUAUCCGAUGCCGAGAUCCAAACAAUCUCGUGGCAAGAAAUUGUCAGUCGGUUAAUGGCCCUGAGAGAUGCGAAUCCUGCUACGGCCCGUGUGUCCACCCAGCAUCGUAAGCUGAUGGGAAGUCAGUCCAAGCAACGGAUGGAUGCCCACGACAUAGCCAAUCGGCUGAUGCGCAAAGAGAAUUAUCUGAUUGCUCUCGUGAAUAAGGACAUCCUAGAUCUCAGUCUACCUGUACCUUUCCUUCGGAAUCGGCAGCUGUUCUCAAAGGUUUUGGAAUGGAAUAUCUAUCUCUGCAUCAUGGACUAUCUGUUCAACGAACAGGGUCAGAUUAAGACGUUGUUUUUGAGGGACACACAUCGCAAGGCUCUGGCCGAGGGCCUGCGUCGGCGUUUUAUCGUGAUCGGUAUUUUGAAUAUCUUUGUGGCGCCAUUCCUGGUCGUCUAUUACCUCAUGCACCAUUUCUUCCGCUAUUUUAACGAAUACAAGAAGAAUCCUUCCCAGAUUGGUUCCCGCCAGUAUACCCCUCUAGCGGAAUGGAAAUUUCGCGAGUUCAACGAGCUCGAUCAUCUGUUCCAGAGUCGGACCAAUAUGUCCUAUCCCUAUGCCAGCCGAUACAUUGACCAGUUCCCGAAAGAUAAAACAGUUCAGCUGGCCGGAUUUGUGGCAUUUAUUUCCGGUGCGAUUACGUCCGUGCUGGCUGUUGCGUCGCUAGUGGACCCCGAGUUAUUCCUAGGGUUUGAACUCACGAAUGACCGCACCGUGUUGUUCUACUUGGGUGUAUUUGGUUCCGUCUGGGCUGUUGCGCGAGGCCUGGCUCCAGAAGAAAACGAUGUUUUCGAUCCAGAAUACGCCCUUCUCGAGGUAAUCCGGGAUACUCAUUAUUUCCCUAGUCAUUGGAAAGGACGACUGCACAGUGACGAAGUCCGGAAAGAGUUCGCGAUGCUGUACCAGAUGCGCAUUGUGAUUUUUCUCGAGGAGGUCCUGAGUAUCAUUUUCACACCGUUCAUUCUAUGGUUCAGUCUGCCCAAGUGCAGCGAACGAAUUAUUGAUUUCUUCCGGGAAUUCACCGUGCACGUGGACGGGUUGGGAUAUCUGUGCUCCUUUGCUGUCUUCGACUUCAAGAAAGGUACCAACGAGAUUACCCAGGGCGCAGCAGGUCGUCAUCAUCGAAACGCCCAUGAUCCUGCCAGGCAGGACCCACGCACGGAUUACUUUUCCACCAAAGACGGCAAAAUGCUUGCGUCUUACUACGGCUUUUUGGAUAACUAUGGCGCGAAUCCUCGGCCAUCCGGCAGACGACCGUUCCAUCCACCACCGGCCUUCCCGACGCUCGGGUCACCAUCUGGCAUCGACUUGGGGCAUUACCCCUAUCCGCGGUCGGGCCCAGCGGCUGGCGCACCAGGGAGUACGAUGAUCGGCCAGAUGUCUACCGCGGGACCCCGAUUUGGGGCUCCAGGCGCGAUGGAUCACUUAUCGCCAGGCCCGUCAAUGCUGUUGGAUCCACACCAUCAACCAUCCGCAAUGAAUCGCACUAGUGCUUACCCGACCUAUCGGGCUUCACGUGCGGUCCCGAGAGUUGCUGAACCGAUUGAAGAUGAAGAUGAGCCCCCGUCCAUCACCACUGACGUCCACCGCCUGGCACCGCUACCCGCACACACCACCACGGCAUCGAGUGGCGGCAUUGGGGAGAGCGAAAGCAACCUAGGGGACUCCUGGCGUAUGAACCUAAUGGGCAGUGGCGAGGAUGAGGAGGAAGGUGGGGAGGGCGAGAAUGUGGAUCGCAUCGUUGAAGGACCAGGCGUCCUGGGCAUGAUCCAACAAUUCCAGAAGGCGAAUAAUGAUGGCCGAGGACGGACGACAAUUGGCAUCUAAUUUAUUUUUCUUCUUCCCCCUUACGUUCUAUAUCUGGUAUGGCAUAUUGUUGUCAUGACUGGGCUUACACGACAGUUACGGAUUUGUUUUGGGAGUUGUCGUCUUUUGGAAGCGCGGAGUAUACGGAUAACGAUGUUACGGUCUGCUCUACGUGCACUUUGGACUUCUUGGAUUUUCAUAAUUUCUUCUGGUUAUCUUUACUUGAGUAUUACUUUGGAGUAGACGGGACAUGGUAGUUAGUUAGAACAUCAAUGCAAUUCCGAAUCCCCCGAGUUCCCCGGGUACAAAUUGGAAACACAACCAGC